CUUUGAAGUAAGUAUAAUCCUUUUCCGGUCGAGGAAACAAAAAAUAAAUAAAUGAUAGACGGAAUAACAUUUCUAAAAUCUUAAAAUCAGCAUUAAAAUGUUUUAUCACGUAAGCUCAUUCAUUUCUAAUUAUGUAUUUAUUAAUUACGCUAAUUAAAUAAAUGCAAUUUUAGGAUUGCUAAUGGCCAACUUCUUCUUCUUCUUCUAUAUCUUAAGGGCCCACGAUCAAUUUAUUGAUCAUUUUGGCUCAUAUGCAUGUAGAUGGGAUUUGCAAUGUUUCUGUUACUGGUGUUGAUGAGGAAAUUUCACUGAUUUCCAGUGCCACUUUGUGAGGGAAUCAUGCACUAGGGGUUUGAAGGCUUGAGGCAAUAGACACAAAUGUGUCUAGUGUUGUCGCCUCAACCGUUCCUUUUGAAAGAUUGUUCCAGUCCCUGAUUGUCUUGGGCAGGAAUGAGCAGCUCCUACACUGGCUUCUUGCUGGUAUGAGCCUGAAUUGCCUGUCAUGGCCUCUUCGCUAUCUAUGGGGGAGAGGGAUGAGUUUCUGUUUAAUGCUAGAACAGUGGACCAGCCCAUUAUUUAUCUUGUACAUCAUGGAGAGCCUGGAUUGUCGUCGUCGUUUCUCCAAUGGUGACCAGCCUAGUGUUUCUAGCAUGCUGCCAACACUAGAGGUAUUCCUGUAGCAAAAUCAUGCACUAGGGGUUUGAAGGCUUGAGGCAAUAGACACAAAUGUGUCUAGUGUUGUCGCCUCAACCGUUCCUUUUGAAAGAUUGUUCCAGUCCCUGAUUGUCUUGGGCAGGAAUGAGCAGCUCCUACACUGGCUUCUUGCUGGUAUGAGCCUGAAUUGCCUGUCAUGGCCUCUUCGCUAUCUAUGGGGGAGAGGGAUGAGUUUCUGUUUAAUGCUAGAACAGUGGACCAGCCCAUUAUUUAUCUUGUACAUCAUGGAGAGCCUGGAUUGUCGUCGUCGUUUCUCCAAUGGUGACCAGCCUAGUGUUUCUAGCAUGCUGCCAACACUAGAGGUAUUCCUGUAGCAGUUUAGGACAAAGCAUGCUGCUCGUCGCUGGACCGCCUCCAACCUGUCAAUACUCUUCUGGGUAAAUGGGUCCCAGGCUGAAGUUUAAUAAUAGUUUAAAUAUUUAAUGAUUUUGGCAUUAAGUUUUUAAAGUUUAAAUUUAAUUUUAAUUGAGGACUGAGACAAAUAAUAGCAAUAACAAGUAGUCAAGUAGCCUAGUAGGCUGUAGGCUAAUUAGCAAAUUAUUGAAGUUGGUAUAGUCGAAUGAAAAUCGAAUUUUGACUUACAAAAAAAUUGAACCUAAAUAUGAAAAGCAUAUGGGGCUUUUGUCCUUCUUAACAUGGACCACAUCUCCACAUUCUGUGACCCAACUCUGCUGUUCGCAGUCACGAGCUAUAUAAUUCUUGUUUUAAUGAUAAUUUUAUUUUCAGAACUAAUGACUAAUGCUGUAUUUAAAAUAAUGUUAACAAUUAUAGAUAAAUUGUAGCUUAUCUAACUAUGCAUUAUUUAUAUCAGUAAAUUUAAUAUAAUAUGUAUUACUAUAUAUAUUUAAAUGGCUUUUCUGUUUACCAAAUCUACUACGUCCAUUAUACUGAUAUAUGCUAUAUAGUCUAUAUAAGGCAACCCAUGCCCUAAUUACUAAAACACUGUUUGGGAACUAUUGAAAUUUCAACUUAGGUACAUGACUAAUUAAUUAAAGCUUUCCCUGACCUAGUUUAAUAGUUUUUGCACAUGGCAAAGUUUUAUGAAUGAAAACUCUGAGAUAGUACUAAAUAAUAGCCAUUAUGCAAGUCACCGUGAAUGGCCGCCAUGACAUUUUGCACACUGCAAAUUAUGAUCAUUUAUAAUAUGGACUCUGCCUGGUUUUUUAACCAGAUUAAAACAGUAUUCUUUCAAUAACAUUUAAGUUCAUUCUAAACAUAAUUUAUCAAAUAUUUUGAUGUAAAUAGUGGAAAUAAUUGAAUAUUUCCUAAGUAACGGCGUCUUCCGUCAAUGAAAGGGAGCGUGGCCACUUCUUUAUCGAAAUUGGGCUGAGCUGCAUUACCAUAUAAGGGUUUACUCAAAUGAGCAUAACAAGGGACCGACAUGUCCUAACUCGAUGAGAAUCAACACAAAUACACAUCGAUAGAUUAUACAGAAUUAGACAUUUUUUUAAAGACAUAAAAGUUGAACUUCAAUACGAAUUUUAUAGUGAAAGAUGCCUUAUAUUUAAAGGGGAAUCUCAAAAUACAGGUCGAUUGAAAAAUUAAAAGAAAUCAAUGUAAAUGUAGGCCAAGAUGUCUACCUUAAGAUAAGGCGGAAAUGGAACUCAAAUAUAUGUUGAAAGUACUAAUUUAAUAAUAAAUAGACACACACAUCCAAAAAUUAAAAACUCUGAUUUUUCGGCGCCGAUUUCCAUUUCUGAUACACACAAAGUAGUAGUCUCCCUUGUUUCAUCCAAGUACCUAAUAAAUGCACACUCAUUUAAAGUCUGUUCAUUCCACUGACUACUUGGACGUAUUUAUAACUCCAGAUUGCCACCAGAUGCAAAAACAUAUCGUGGAUAUUCAAAAGCUUGGUUAGAGAGCAGAUUCUUUGUUGGAAAUAACUAUGAACAAUGAAAUUGAGCAUCUUGGAUCUGAGCAUGAUGAACUUGAAAGAUAUAAUACAAUGGAGACAUUGAUACAUUGGAAAAAAGAGAAAUGGCUUAUUUGAGGAUGGUGGUUCAAGAGGAAAAUAUCUAGAAAUUGCGUAUGAUAGCCUAAGGUCUAUUCUUCCGACCAGUGUGAAGUCAGAGCGGUUGUUCUCUUCAUCAGGCUACUUUUUUAACCAUUUGCGGUCAAAGUUAAGUGACCAAGCAUUAUACACUUGUCAUUUUUACGAUUUCAUUAUUUAAAUUUGACCAAAGAUUAAAACAACACAAAUUAUUUUAAUAUUUGAUUAAUAAAGCUAUUUAAAUUAAAAAGUAAAGAAUAUUAUUUUUGUUCCUUUGAUUAAAGUCUGACGUUAAAAAUUUGUGUUAUUGCUAAAAGCUUAUUAAAAAUGAAAAUAUGAUUUUUUAUUUUUCUGAAUAUAUUUAUUUCAUUGACAAAUCCACACCUCUAAUCUCGAAUCUCGACUAAAAAUUCUCUAAAUAUUGAAAAUAUAAAAAAUACAGGGAUUCCGGUAUUCGUAAACUUCAAUAUAAAAAAUACUGGAUUUGGCAAAAGGGACAGGUUUUGCAACCCCUAAUAUUGACUGUGCCUAUGAUUGUCAUUAUUUAAUAUUACUAGGAUUAGGUACUACUAUUAAAUUUUAAAAAAAGAAAAAUUACAUUUAUUAUAUGGCAAACUUCAAAUAAAAAUAUUAAACCAGUCAUCUUUCUAGACUUUAGUACAUUUUAAGCUAUGAAUUUUUAAAGUGCAAGUUCUGUUGGUAAUGGUAUUUUUUUACUUUGGUCUACACCUUCACAUUUUGUGACCAUAUUUCGCUGAUCACAUCAAGCACUAUAACUUAACUCUUAAACAAAUGAUAAUUUUAUAACUUUUAUUUUCAGGAUAAAUUAUUACUAGGUAUAACUUUUAUUUUCAGGAUAAAUUAUUACUAGGUAUUAAAAGUUUUAGUUUUAAAUGAAUUUUAACAAUAUAAUUAACUUAUUCUAGUGAUACGAUAUGGAUGUUAUGUUUACUAAGUCUAGCAUCCCUUCUAAAUAUAUAACAGUCUAUGUAAGGCAAGGCAUUUGAUAGAAAUAAUACUGGUUUGGGACUACUUAUUUUGAACUUUCAACUUUUGCACAUAACUAAUUAAUAAAGCUUUCUCUGACCAUUGAUCUAAUAGUGUUUGCACACAGCUCAUUCAUUCUUUCAUGAAUGAAACCAUGAGAAUAGUACUAUUGUACUUGUACUACUAUAGUAAUUUAAAACAAACAUGCAAGGACUGUGAACAUUUAUUUUAUGGACUCUACCAGGUUUUUACAUUAAUAAAACUUAAAUUCUUUUACAUUGAUAGCAUGUGGGGCACAUGUUUUGGUUUUAAUCAACUUAGCUUCCCUUUUCUAACAAGAGCAUCGAGCUCCUCCUGUUCUGAACAUUGAUCUACAUUGACUUUUUUUUUUACAUUUUCUAAAAGAUAUGUUUUUAUUUCUAACUUUACAUUAUCUGCUGUUUCUUGCUUUGCAUUGUCAGCUGAAGAAGGCAUCUAGCCGAUCUUGUAAUUGUCCUGUCUUUUUUUUUUUUGCAAGCCUAAACAUAUCUUGUUCAACUAUCUAUUUACAAUAUUUGUACUAGGUUUCACUGGAGCACGAUAUACUGUUACACCCAAGGUACUUUGGUCCAAAUUUACUGAAUACUGUGAAGCAGAAGCUUUUUACAGAAGUAGAAGGAACAUGCACAGGAAAGUGAGUAAACAUAUAUCACAGGCCUAUAAAAUAUUUACUGCUGUAUGUUAAGCAGAGUUGACAGAACAAAACCGAUGAGAUAAUCACUAAAAACAAUAACUAGCAUUCAAGUUGUUCACAUUAAUUUGCCCAAUACCUAACACUGGGGUAUUGUAAGGUGAUUGUGAUUUUGUAUUUCUAACACUAAUAUUUUUUCUUAUCAGGUAUGGCUUUGUCAUAGCUGUGACCACCAUAGACAACAUUGGAGCUGGGUUGAUUCAGCCCAGCAGGGGUUUUGUGGUCUAUCCUGUCAAAUACAAAGCAAUAGUUUUUCGUCCAUUUAAAGGAGAAGUCCUUGAUGCAGUGGUCACGCAAGUGAAUAAGGUAAACACUAACUUGACGAGUAUUUUUAAAUAAAAUGAUUCUAGCUUGGCACCCAGAUUGACAAACAUAGCUUAGCCUUAGUCUUAUCAAAGAUUAGUACUUCCGUUCGUGGCCAUUUAUUGUUAAUGAUGUCAACAUGUUUCAUUAAUUUUUGCAAUUUUUAUUUUUAAACAAACAGAUUAUUUAAUAUCUUUUGCACGUGUAUACAUAAAUAUAUAUAUAUAUAUAUAUACACACACACAUAUAUAUUAUAUUCCUGUCUUUUUAGGUUGGCUUAUUUACAGAAAUCGGUCCCCUCUCAUGUUUUAUUUCACGGCAUGUAAGUCUGUUUCAUAUUUUAUGCAAUUUGUAUUAGACUUAGAGAAAUUUUUUCUGUAAAAAUAAAACAAAGUAAGUAUUUCAAUUUCAUUUAUGAGUACUAGACAAAAAGUUAAUUGUUUUUUUUAACCAUGCGUAUGAUGCAGUCAGUAUAAUUUGUUCUAUAUGUCUGUAGUCCAUACCAGCAGACAUGGAGUUUGACCCAAGUUCCAAUCCUCCUUGCUAUAAAACCAAAGAUGAGGUGAGUCUCGUCAUGUCAAGAUGAUUUUUAAACAUCCAAAUGUGUCGGAUCUCUUGACAAUUUUAAUUUGUGUUUAAUUUUGUUUUGACUGUCCUUAGUUGAUCAACAUCCAAACAUGGCAUUAAAAUGUUUUAUCUUUAUUAACUCAAUUUCUCUCUGACGAUGUUGUAAGACCAGACAAGUAAUUUUGCAAAAAAAUUAAAAACUUUUUUAUCAUAUUUUAGGUGCUUAUAGAAAUUGUUUACUUUUAUUGUAUUGUUGUUCAGGAUAACUGUAGCGAAGUCAAUGUAAGAAUAUUUAUUUAACUUUAAUAUACAUGCUGCAUAGUAAAACAAAAAGCUACUCAUAAAUAGUUAAUUCAUUCGAUUACCAAGUUAAUGUGUGUUCAGUAAGGGUCCAUGAAAAAUUAUCACUUCUGCGGUGGUUUCACUUUAUUUGAUUUGGAACCAUACCGUCACAUUUAAAAUUGUUUGAUUUUUCGUAUCUAAUCACAAGUAGGUAUCAAUGUGUCAAACGCUCUCCUGCCAAAUGUUUGAGAACACUUGAUGCCACUUUUUUUUUUUUCAUUUCCCAUUUUAAAAAAAAAGUAUUAGUAUUUUAUCCAUCAAAGUGAUUGCAUAAAAUGUUUAUCACACCUUGAAUCCUAAAAAUAUAAAGGUCUAAGCUUUUCAGUUAAUUACUCUUGUUUCUAUAUUUAAUGGCUCUUACUUUAACUGCAGCAAGAAAUUAAGGGAGACGAUAGAUAUGUUUGUGGUUUACUCAUUGAGAGAAAGUAAGGGAGGACAACUGAUAUGUUCAUAGCUUACUCAUUGAGAGAAUUUAAGGGAGGAGAACUGAUAUGUUCAUGGCUUACUCUGUGAGAAGAUGUAAGGGAAGACAACUGGUGUGUUCACGACCUACUCAGUGACUGUUUGCCUCACAGCAUCUUUUGCUUCCAUCUUAAACCUAAAUUUGUGAAUGUUUAAAAAAAAAAAACUUGGUGACUUCUUUGAUUAAUUGAUCAUUGACGAUUCCAUUUUUGAGCUUCCUUAUUGCUGUCGCUUCACAUUAAUAGACUUGUUCACUUGGUGUGAUAGGUUAGUUGAUAGACUGGUGCAGUUUGUGUGAUCAGUGUAUUAGCUUAUGCUUGUAUGCCAGAAUAUAUUUACUCUUUAUCCUAAUGUUUUGCUCUCUAUCUCACUGAAUGUCCUUCUCGCCCCCCCCCACACCCCCACCCUGUCCCCAGGCUGUAGUCAUACAUUUUCCCUAAUUUUUUCCUCCCUUCCCCACUGAUUUUCCUUCCCCCCCCCCCCCCCACACCCCCACCCUGUCCCCAGGAUGUAGUCAUACAAGAGGAGGAUGAGAUCAGGUUAAAAAUCGUUGGUACAAGAGUUGAUGCAAAAGAUAUUGUAAGUAUACAACACAGGUGUGCGUGCUUAUGGGGUUUUUAUGAGAAACGCAUCAUAUUGUGUGAUAACAACUUGUUUGGUGAAAAAUGAUUUGUGUGACAGAAAAAAUUGUGAGAUUUUGUAAAACUAGUUUGUCACUGCAAUAACAGCAAGCCUAAAGCUUUUAUCUUUACAUUGAGCAUUUUGGCAAAUGUUGAAUAAAUCUGCUGUCAAUAAUUUUGUAUUUUACAUUUGUCAACAGUUUGCAAUUGGAACUCUAAUGGAUGAUUUCUUGGGUAAGUUUUUUUGUUUUCUAUUUUUAGUUGACUUUUUUUAAUUUAAAUUCUCCCAUUGCGUUAGUGUGUGAAUGUGUGUGCCUGUGUGUGUACAACACAAAGUUCACCUUGAGAUUUCUCCCAUUUCCUUGACUUGUUUGAUGACAACCGCUGGGCUCAUAAUGACUGUCUUCACAGCUGGUGACACGCACAAGAACAAAUAUUAUCAAGUCUAAACAACUACCCGGUAUUUUUCUUUGUUGUAAAUUUUAUGUUUAGCAUUGAGUCAACUUUUAACUUACAUUAAUAUGUAUUUGUUUAUUUUCAGGACUUUGAUGUGUUGGGUGUGUGAAUUCUGUCAGAGUUGAGAUGAAUAUCUGUUGCCUGUGCAUUGAAAUUGAAUGAAUUGUACAAAUAAACUUUUUUUUUCUCAAA